AUGGAAGAAUUAGACCGUCAAAUCCUUCGAAUUUGCAAGAAGUUGAGAUGGUUUGUUUGUCUCCAUUUUGAUCUUAUUUUUUUCUUUACAUACUUGAUUCAAAAACUUGUUUGGGGAAAAUAUUAG